CCAUUUUACAUUUCUUUAAUGUAAACUUCAAACUGGGAAAUUUCAGCACUGUUUAUUACUAUGUACAUGUGCUUUCUCGUAGGGUAUUAUCUAGAUGGAUGAGAAUACCCUUUGAAACACUAGACCCUCUGUACAGGUCGAAAACGUACAGAGACAGGUACCAAAUGUUAGAAAAUGCCAUGGGUGAGGCACGUGCCAGUGUGGCAGUCGUCACUGCAUUAAUGAGGCAGAAGUUGUCGGCUGCCACAGAUGGCGAGAUUGACAAUUACACGGACCGUCUGGUCGAAAUGGCUGAUUUUCAAGAGCUUGUGAUAGAUCAGAGGGCUUUGGUCUCCUACUCCCUCCUCGUUUUCGUAUGCAAAAUGAUUCUUGAGAAGGUUGGCCUACAAGAACUGUUCAUCCUCGUAGAGGAGAAAAAAGAAAAGGUUGUCCUUCCACGUUAUGUGGAGGCCUCACGUGUCACUGAAACGUCUGUUCGGUUGCCGAAGGAAGUUAGUAGUGACACGGACAAAGCGUUGAAGAAUUUCUUCGCGUCAAUUACAACUUUCGACGUUCAGAACGUUGCUCCCUUUGUCAAUAAUAGGAUAAAGCCCACUCGAUGCGGCUGUGGGGAAGCAGUAGCUUUUAAUGUGCCUUGCUUAGCUCGGCACAUUAAGGUUACUGGCAUCGACCCGGUAAUUACCGAUGCCAACAUACGGCAUUUUAUAACGUCGAAAGCGAUUGGUUGCGUAGGCAAGUCGAACAAGUUUUGGAGCCGAACAACAAGCUCGACAUCUGCCCACAUAAGUAGGCCGGCGUUACCUUGAUGCUGAAAUUUUGGGUGGACUUGAUAAAGCUUUUUCAUCACUGACUGCCAGUACAUCAUCU